ACUUCCCAAUUUAAAGAUGGCGGUGAAAGGCAGGAAGUGAUUGUUAGAGCGCCCUUGGGAGUCAGCUGACAGUGCACUUCCUGUCGGGGUGAGGAUGGAGGCCGUGCUGUCUGAUCCGGUGAAUACGGAGGAUUUGCUGAAGUUCGAGAAGAAGUACCUGGCGGAGCGUAGAAGCGGCUCAUUGAGUAACAGCACCCAGUUUGAAUACGCCUGGUGCCUGAUCCGCAGCAAAUACACCGACGACAUCAAGAAAGGGGCCCGAAUCCUAGAGGAUCUCUUACCCAAAGGGAAUAAAGAAGAGCAGAGGGACUAUUUGUUCUACCUGGCUGUGGCACAUUACAGGUUAAAGGAAUAUGAGAAAGCGCUGAAAUAUGUCCGGACUCUCCUGAGCUCCGAGCCAAAGAACACCCAGGCCCUGGAUCUGGAGAAGGUCAUUAAGAAGGCCAUGCAGAAAGAUGGAUUGGUCGGCAUGGCGAUCGUUGGAGGAGUGGCUCUGGGCGUUGCAGGCCUAGCCAGCCUUAUCGGAUUGGCUGUCUCCAAGUCCAAAUAAAGGAAGUCGCCGCAGAAAAGCCUUAUUUUGCACUAAUUGUGUAACCCUUGGUCACCCUGCUUCUAAAAUGGGGGAAAAGCCAAAAGAUGUGUCAGUCCUCCGACCCAUGUUAAUUUAUUUAAUGGCCAACCUACCUAUGGCCAACAUACAUCUUCUCUAUCACUAUACAUCUUCUCUAUCACUAUACAUCUUCUCUAUCACUAUACAUCUUCUCUAUCACUACAUCUUCUCUAUCACUAUACAUCUUCUCUAUCACUAUACAUCUUCUCUAUCACUAUACAUCUUCUCUAUCACUACAUCUUCUCUAUCACUAUACAUCUUCUCUAUCACUAUACAUCUUCUCUAUCACUAUACAUCUUCUCUAUCACUAUACAUCUUCUCUAUCACCAUACAUCUUCACUCUCAGCUGAUUCCAUGGUUCUUCCUUUAACGUUCUACAAUAAAAACACUUCCUCACCUCAAGGGGUGAAAGUUCACCUCGUUUUUUUUUUUCUUCCUUUAUACAUUUCUGUAUAUAAAAUAUAUUCCUUCCAUCUCUGAGAUGAGCAGUUUGGAUCUAAUAAAGAUUCUUUCUAAGA